GUUUGCCGGAGCACUGCAGGGGAGCAGAGAGUCUUCUCGUUGCCAUGAAGAUUCUGUCCGCUGACUGGUGUGAAUCGACGUCGAAGGUAGAGGGGCUUCGAGACAAGAGUUUCAUCUUGAGUGGGGGGAAAAUUCUGAACCUGCAGACGAUUCGCACAUCAUGCUUGAAGGAGAGGAGAAUAUGCAAGAAACCAACUUGAAUGAGGCAGAAACCAAUGAACAGACUUCGAUGAAAAGAGGAAUGGGGGUAUUACUUUCAAAAGGUCUGGCAUCAAGCUACCAGUCACUUGAAGUCCCUGAUGUUCGACCUGAGUGCUUGCCAUUUAAUCUUGGUGAAAAAGAGAGAGAAAAAGGCUGCUGUGAAACAGAUGUGAAUAGUUUUCCAGAACAAUUAAGCACUUCUGAUUUUACCCCUGUCAAAGAGACUGUCAUGGAUGCUCAGAAAUGUUUGGAUGUUUGUGAUGUUUCUGAUAGUCUUUCCAGCAUCACGUUCAAUGAGCCAAAAUUAUUGCCACUUAAUGCAGGAUUAGAUAAACCACAAAUGGAUGCAGAUCUGUCUAUUAAGACUGAUAUAAUCAUCACAAGUAGUCAGUUAGAAAGAGACUCUGACAGUAAUAAAGGCCAGCGAUUAUCUAUGGAAGGUCAGAAGACCACAUUAAGAGAGGGAGAUUCUGGCAAAAACAUCCAUGAAAAUACUGCAGAUGCAAAAGUUUCUGACAUUGAAAAUCAAGGAGUAUUACAUGUCAUGCACUUUGAAGCAUUAAAUCAAAAUGAUGUAGCAUUGGAUAAGGCCAGUGUAGAUGAUUCAAUUGAGAAAACACCCUCAGAGAGUUCAUUCCUUACACCUGUAUCUUUGCAAGUGUCUAACUCAAAGGACAAUUACCAGAAACCUUUGAGUGAAGACAAUGCUAAGGAAAACAAUAUGGAGAUGACAACAGAACAUCAACAUGGAUAUUCUUCCUUUUCUCGUGGACGUCCACGCAAAGAAAAAGAGAUCAUCAAGUGUGAAUACUGUGGCCGCCCAUUCAAUCAUUCCUCAGCAUACAUCAUUCAUCGGCGCGUUCACACUGGUGAGAAGCCCUUUAAUUGCCCGGAUUGUGGUAAAGCUUUUGCUCAGCUCUCCAACCUUCGAUCUCACGCUAGAGUCCAUAAAUGCAAAAUUCGGAGUCGGAAACAUGCACACAGAUACCAAAGUAGAGCCUUGGGGGAAACUGUAAACAUGAGCCAAGUAAUUAUGGCUAACAAAGUGGAAAAUAACUGUUUUAGUAAUCCAAUUACUUCUCCUAAAAGGAGGAGAAGGAGAGGGAGAGGGAAUCUUCAUACUUGUCCGAUCUGUGGCAAAGUCUUUUGUUACAAAUCCGUCCUUAAGAUCCAUCUCCGGAUUCACAGUGGAGAAAAGCCAUUCUCAUGUAAAGUUUGCGGCAAAGCAUUUACACAGGCAUGUACUGCCCGUGUCCAUGAGAGAGUGCACUGGUCCACAAAGCCUUUUCUGUGUUCAAAAUGUGGAAAGGGAUUUUCACAGAUUGGACCCUUAAAAGUACACACCUGUGAAGGUAAAAUACACCUACAUGCAUCCUUAAAAGAUAUGGAAUUGGCUGGUGUUAUAACAUUCAAAUGUCACAUUUGCAAAAAGUGCUUUGGCACCAGAGAUGAGUAUGAAUUACAUCUGCAAGGACACACAGAGACUGAGCGUUACAAGUGUGACCGUUGCAAGCAGGCGUUCAGUGUUCUCUCUGAGCUAAAUGCACAUGGCAAGCAUUGCUUGUCCAUGCGGCUUACAAAAGCAAAAGCUUCUGUUCACUAUUCUGCUCGCAGAUUACAGCCCAAAAACUCUCUGACAGUAAAAACAUAUCCUGCGCUUUCUCUUGUAAAAUCCCCCCCAACUCCCCGAAAAGAGCUUUCCCCACCAAAGAAGAUCAAACGAUCCCCCUCUUUACUUUCUUGCCCUCCAAAGGUUAUGGCAACCUUCACUUAUGAGCCACAGAGGAACCGCUUUCUCAGUCAGCCAAACAAAUCUAGCUAUUUUGUAUCUCAGUUGAACGGUACAGACCGGAAAGCAGACCCAAGAAAGUACUUCUGUCCACGAUGUGGGAGAAUAUUUCGGCAUGUAGGACGACUGAGAGCCCAUAUGCUUACUCAUGCACGAGAUCAAGGCUUCUCCUGCAGUGAUUGUAGCAUGACUUUUAAAAACUGGAGAAAAUUUUGGAUUCAUCUGCGGCUACAUAGACAGUGCAGAGGGCGCUUUUUUUGUCAAAAGUGUGGUCAAGGGUUUCGAUUUGUGGGCUUGUACAAUGAACAUUUGCAACAGCAUCCAGAACUUAAUGCACAUGUUUGUCCAUUCUGUCCUCACACCUUCUCAAAUGCAAAACUUUUGAGGAAUCACCAGCAAGAAUGGCACGGGUCAAGUAUGCCCUACAUUUGUGAUGAUUGUGGAAAAGGUUUUGCAAGUGCGGUUAUUCUUAAGCGACAUAGAGUUGUUCACUGUACAAACGAUCAGUUGGAGACAACUUACAUAGUUGAUAUGCAGCCCAGUGUAUGUCCCUAUGAAUGUGGUACAUGCAGUGCCAGUUUUGAGACCCUGGAAUUGCUUUUCCACCAUCAGUUCUCCCACAAUUCUGCAGAGAAAGGACCAAUAUCAAGAAAAGGCACAAAUGUUUGGAAGCAGCAACAUGUACUGGAGGAGCGUUCUCACUUCCAGUUAAAUCACUCUCACUACCUCAAACAUAGUAGCCGUGACUAUACAGCCAGCCUAUGUGAUGAUCAGACACAUGAUAGCAUUCUCCCAUUCUCCCCUUCAAACGAUGCAGUAAUACCUCAUUCUUCAUCACACGUUGGUUCCAUGCCUUUACAUCCAGCACUACAGCAGCAGAAAAAAAUAAACACAGAUGCCCAAAGCCCCACUGGGAUGUUGCCUCAUCUGCCAUCAGGUCACAAUUCCAUUCCUCAUUCUCAAACUAAUAAGUUACAAGUGGUUAAAACGUCAAUACAUGAUAGUGACAAAUGUCUAACAAUGGAAGGAUUAAAUAACUCAAACCAAUCACCAUCCGCAGUAACGAAAGAGAAGAAAACUGGUGACUUAGUUUGCACAGAAUGUACUGCAUGUUUUUCCAACCUUCUUGCAUUGCAUGCACAUUACUUCAAACAUGCCAGAGGAGACAUAUGAAUAUCCCAUAUCAAUAU